CUCAUUUCAAAGUGGUUGGACCUGAGCAGCCUGUCACUGCCACUGUGGGAGAAGAGUUUGUGUUACCCUGUCACCUGUCCCCCAGGCUGAGCGCUGAGAACAUGGAGGUGAGAUGGUUCCGGUCCCAGCUCUCUCCAUUUGUUCAUCGCUAUAGUAAUGGAAAGGACCAGUAUGGGCAGCAGAUGCCAGAAUAUCAGCAGAGGACAGAGCUCUUGAAAGAUGGUCUCACCAGUGGGAGUGUUGCCUUGAGAAUUUUCAAUAUCAGACCUUCUGAUGAAGGACAGUACAGCUGUUUUGUUCAAGAUGGUAUUGAUUAUGAAGAAGCCCUAUUGGAACUAAAUGUGGCAGCUUCAGGCUCUGCUCCUCACAUCUCUGUUGAGGAUUAUCAGGAAGGCGGAAUCCGGUUGGUGUGUCGAUCAUCUGGGUGGUACCCAGAGCCUGAGGUGCUGUGGAGAGAUCCCAGUGGACAGCAUUUACCAUCACUCUCUGGAACAAAUUCCCAAGAAGUCAAUGAGCUGUUUGAAAUAGAAAAUUCCAUCAUUAUUACAGAGAAUUCACACCAGAACUUGUCCUGUGUAGUCAGGAACACUCAUACCAACCAUCAAAAGGAAUCAACAUUGUUCUAUAUAUCGGAUGCCUUUUUCCCAAUGACGAAUCCAUGGAUGGUGGCUCUGUGGGUGAUCCUGGUGGGGCUGGCUGGUUUCAUUGGCCUCACUAUUUAUCUAUUUAAAAUAAAAGGUAAACACUCUGAUUCUCUCUCUCUCUCUCUCUCCCCAGCAAAUGUGACUCUCGAUCCAGACACGGCUCAUCCCCAGCUCGUCCAGUCUGAGGAUCGGAAAAGUGUGAGACGGAGAGACACAUGGCAGGAUCUGCCCAACAAUCCUGAGAGAUUUGAAUAUGAGCGCUGUGUGCUGGGCUGUGAGGGCUUCACCUCAGGGAGACAUUACUGGGAGGUGGAGAUGGGGGGUGGGGAAUACUGGGCCGUGGGGGUUGCCAGAGAGUCUGUGAAGCGGAAAGGAGAGAUCAUUUUUGAAACUCAGGAGGGGAUCUGGGCUGUGGGCCAUUGGGGGAGUCAGUACCUGGCUGUCACCUCCCCUCGCUCCCCAUUGGUCCUAAAAUGGGUCCCCAGGAGGAUCCGGGUUUUUCUAAACUAUGAAGUGGGGCAGGUGGCAUUUUUUGAUGCUGAUAGAGGGGUCCUGAUAUUCGCUUUCCCACCGGCUUCCUUUGCUGGGGAGAGAAUCCUUCCCUGGUUCUGGGUCUGGGAUACGGAAUCCCAGCUCAGACUGUGUCCCUGA